AUGGCUGAGAGUAGUGUCCAGGUGCAUCAUGCAUUCCGUCUUGCUGCCGGCAGUUUGUCCCACACCAACUUCAACUGCCCAUUUGUCAGAGCUGCACUGCUCAUGGCUGCCUGCUGCCAUCCAACUUGUGUCAGAGAGAGCUUCUGUGGAGAGGAGCGAGACAAGUUGCUACUCUGGGCAGCUCAGAAGGGGGCAGUGGAGGAGCUGCGGGCAUUGCUGAUGGCAGGUGCUGAUGUGGGGGUGAGGGACCACUUUGGGUGGACUGCUCUGCACCGGGCAGCAGCCAGAGGGCACGUGGAGGUGGUGAGAUGGUUGCUGCGAGCUGGGGCAGACGUGGGGGCUGUGGAGUACUUCGAGCAGCUUACGCCUCUCCACUUGGCGGCAAUAUGGGGCCACGAGUAUGUGGUGUGGCUGCUGCUGGUGGCAUCAGACCCUCCCCUUGACUGUAACUACCCAGAUGUCGUAGAUACCUGUGGGAGGACUCCACUGCACUGGGCGGCAGUUGCAGGCAAUGCCACAGUUGUGUCCAUGCUGCUCGAGGCAGGAGCGGACAAGGCAGCCAGAAAUAACGCUGGAACAACAGCUCUGGAUUUCGCCAUACAGGAAAAUAACCAUCAGGUGGUUGACUUGCUACAAUCAAGUUUGCAGUUUUCGUAG